AUGGGUUUUUUUUCUCAUUUUCAUUCCUCUACAGCUCCCGCACCGCUAGAGGAUCCUGUCACCGACGUUUGUCUGUCCUGUAUCUGUGAGGCGUCGUCUGGAUGUGAUGCGUCGCUAAAGUGCAAUGGAGAUGUUUGUGGCAUGUUCCGCAUUACCUGGGCGUAUUGGGCCGAUGCCGGUAAGCCUGUCCAGCAGGGUGAUUCUCCCGAUUCUCAGAAUGCUUAUUCAAACUGUGCCAACGAACCGUACUGUGCCGCCAGAACCGUGCAGGGUUACAUGAGGAAGUUUGGACAGGACUGCAAUGGUGACGGUACGAUUGAUUGCUUCGAUCACGCAAUCAUCCACAAACUGGGAGGCUACAACUGCAAGAACCAGGUACCGAUCGUCUACCAGUCAAAGAUCGAUGAGUGCAUCCAGCGAAAGGCGGUCGAGUAUGGUGCCGUCCGUCAGUAG